AUAAUAAUGAAAGUAAUUGCAGUGACAUUAGUGUUAUUAUUAGCAGGAAAUGCCUUUGCUGGUGAUCUUAUCCAUAAGUGAGUUCUAUAAAUAUUAAUCAUAGAUAUCCAAUUAUUGGCAAAAGUAAGCCAUCUUUGGUUAGCAUCUUGACUGAAUUAGAAAGCAAAUUAUCUUCAGGUGGUUCUGUUGAUACAGCAGUCAACUUUUUAGAUAGCUUAAGAGCCUCUAUUGAUUCAGAAUAAAUCAGACAUGAUUAAUUAUAUACCGACUAAAGAAAUCAAUGUAGUGCUGAAUUAGAAUUAAGAACUAAAGAUGUUAAAGAUGCUGAAUAAGUCUUAAAUAGAGCAACUGAAUAAUAUGAAAAUUGUUCAACCUCAAAAAAGAAGGCUGAUGCUGAAUUAGAUAACAAUUUAGAUAGUCAAAAAGUACAUAAUAUAAUUUAUCAUAUCAGGCAACAGAUACUGAUAUUAAAAUCUUAGAUUCCAUUAGAUAAGCUGGUGCUUAAAAUUAUAAUGCCAAAAAAUAAGACCAUAUUGAUGCCUUAAGAUCAAUCUAAGAAAGUUUGAAAAUUUUAGAUAGUUUCUAAUCAGGAGGUGCUUCAUUAGCUUAAAUGUCUGAGAUCUCUUUAAGAAUGAUUUAAGAUGCAGUCAAAUUAAAGACAACUAACAUCAUGAGUUAAAUUUCAAGUAUCUUUGCUUAAAUGCUUACAUAAAAUGGAGGGUAUAUAUAAUUAUUAAAAAUAGCUAUAUUGAAGUAUUUGAAAGACUUAAAUAACUUUUAUAAAACUUAGAAUAAAAUUUGUAUACAAACUUAUAAAAGAUUUCAGAAGAGGAAGACUAAUCCAUUUAAGAGUAUGAUGAUAGAAGAGUUCAUUUAGUCGAAUAUUACAACAAUUUAAAGAGAACUGAAAAUAAAUUAAGAGAUCAUAUCACUACCAUGGAUAUUUGUUAAGAUUAAUAAUCAGCUAUUAUUGAUAGUGCUAGAGGAAAGAAGGUAAAUCUUAUAUUCAUUUCUUUAGGUAAGAAAUGGUGAAAUCUUUGACAGUGCUACCAGAAUGUGUAAUGAUUUUGCUUCUGAAUACGAAAAGGCCACCUCAGUCAGAAAAUAAGAGUUAGACUUAGUUGACAGAGUUAGAUCUAAAAUUAUUGAAAGAGGAUCUUGAUAUCAAGUUUAUAACAAUAAUUCAUAACUCU